AUGAUUAUCCUUGAAGAUGACCCACGAAUCCGUUUUGUUCCCAAAUACAACAGGCGCAAGGUCCUAGGGUGCGGGCCAAGUUUGGGCUGGGGAAAAAUGACAGAUUGGACUGAAGCAUUGAAGAGUUUUCGAGAGGAAAUGUUAACCCUAGGUGGAGAAGGCAACCCUGGUCAUUCGGCGGCGAACGUUGACCUCAGCUUGCUGCAAUCGAUCUCUUCUAAAUUGAAACACGGAAAAGCACUGAUCUCGAUCACAAACAUCGAGGCAGCUGGGUUAUUGUUGAGGGCCAUUUGGAAGGGAUAUUGGUCGGAUGCCGGUAAUAAGGAAAAUGUAAUUGACUUCCUGACAAAGGCAGAUCACAAACCGUUAGAGAGUUUGGGGGCUCUGGACAUUGACGUAAUUCGGCAACCUAUCAAGGAUUUCCAUCGUUUAAAUCUACCAAUUCACGUGGCUGGUUUCCUGUCCCCCUUGGGACUUAUCACUGGAGUGCCGUUGUGCAGUCGCGACUACGACCGAUACUCAAUCUUCUUAAUGUGGAGAGCCUUAGGAAAUAUGCAACCAGAUCUCUUACGUUGCAUCGAAAAACAUCUUUGGCGUGCUAUUUUCUUGGUAGCGCAGGGAAAAGAAACAGGACAUUCCGCUAUGGUAACCUUUCUUGCGCAGGUUCCAUGGGAGAAGCUGGGCGGUGUUACAAAAAGUGAACGUCAAUGGUUCCACGCGGCGGAGAGAAAGGAAAUGAGAUACCUAGAGGCAUUGGACGAUAUCGAUAUCCAAGAGCUUCCUCCAUCUUGGCCACUGAGGAUAACGGAGGAUGGCCGUCCCAAUAGCGAUCAGCAUCACAGUCCCGAACCAGAAUGUUGUGGCGCUGGUGAUCGGAUGGUUGAAGAUGGUGAGGUGGACGACAGCCGCGGCGACCAAGCACCAGAAGGCCGCCCCAAUAGUGAUCAGCAUCACAACCCCGAACCAGAAUGUUGUGGCGCUGGUGAUCGGAUGGUUGAAGAUGGAGCGGUGGACGACAGCCGUGGCGAUCAAGCACCCGAAGGCUGCCACCAUAGUGAUCACAAUGCGCAACCAGGAUGUUGUGGCGCUGGUUAUCGGAUGGUUGAAGAUGGUGCGGUGGACGACAGCCGUCACGGUGGCGAUCAAGCACCCGAAGCCCCCCCCGAUCAUUAUCAGCAUCACAAUCCCGGAGCAGAAUGUUGUGGCACUGGCGGUGAGAUGGUUGGAAAUGGUGCUUUGGACGACGGCCCUGGCGGCGGCCGCUCCAAUGGUGAUCAGCAUGAACCAGAACGUUGUGGCACUGGCGUUCAGAUGGCCGGAAAUGGCGCUUUGGGCUGCAGCGCUGACGACCGCAGCGAGGGCACAUCUGGAGAUCUAAGUGAUCUAUCUGACCUAUCUUCCGACGAAGAUGUCCUCCCCCAAGUUGCAGACAAGUCAAAGAACAACGAAGGCAAGAGCUUGGGCCGCAAAACUCCCACAAAAAGCGAAAGGAAAACUACUGCCAUAACGGGGAUCGGGUCAGUCUCUGAAUCAGACAAGGGAAAGAAAAAUGCUGGCAAGAGCUUGGGCCGCCCUGGCCGCAAAACUCGCACAAAAAGCGAAAGGAAAAUUACUACCAUAACGGGGAUCGGGUCAGUCUCUGAAUGGCCUAUCGAUGAAGCUGAAAUGGAGCGCCUAGCGGCAAAAUCAGACCUGGGUCACUUUGACGCAGUGUGGAAUUCUGUUUUGCAGCAGUAUACCUCAAAACCGGACGAUUCAAUCUUUUGGAUAUCGACACAUGACGACUUCAAAAAAAUGAGUCAUAGUCAAAAACAGGACUUAAUGCGCAGAAAAAAGGUUCUCGUCAUUACUGGUCUGCCAACGGAUGGUCUUGCUUUUGAUGAAGACGGCAUGAGUGAAAUUGGUGGGAUUGAUGUGCCCGUUGACGUGCAGGAUCAAUCGAUCCCAGCCAAGAACGGCGAUUAUAACGUCAGAUUAAAAUUUGGAACUCUCAGGCAUCUGUUAGCAAGCGCAAGUUCGCGCGACGGUCGCACUUUGAAUGCCCUCAAUUUUCCCCUCGCCGUUGCUGAUGCGAAACCUGAUGGCAUUGCCAGUGACCUCGCAGCCUGGAUCGCAACUGAAAACACUGCUUGGUGCAACGCUUCCUCCUCCCAUUUCCCCAGUCGCGACGUCCGCUGGGGAUUGGCCGGCAACACAAAUGCUAUCCACUAUUGGCAUAUAGAUUCAGAUGGCUUUGGUACCUUUGUCGAACCUUUGGUUGGGGAGAAGUUGUGGCUGGUGGCACGCCCUUUGGGUGAUCCAGAUGCCUUUUCCAGAACGGAUAUCUUUUCAGUCGAACACUAUAAUAUGGAGGGCCCGAACGCCCAUAUAUUUGCUGUGGAAGCCAUGCUCCUGGUUCCUGGUACGCGGCUGUAUAUGCCACCUAAUACUCCUCAUUGGGUUCUGACAGUGUCCCAUGCGAUCUGCCACGGGGGACACUUCUAUUCUAGCGGUUCCAUCAGGGAAACGGCUGUCGCACUAUAUCGUGCAUUUACUUCGGGGGGGCAUCUGACAAAUACUACUCACGCUGCUUCACGCGUUCUUCUCCGACGGCUGGGGUUCUUUUGGCACUCAAAUAUUGUUCUUGGCGAAAAUAGAGGCUCGGCCCGUUUUGCUGCCCAUGUUCCGGAUGUUACGAUGUGGGAAGGUGUUUUGGAUCUCUUGUCGUUUUGCGCUCUCAUGGAGUUGCUUAAUGUUGUCGAUCAAUCGACCUAUGAGGUUGCGUCGUCCACAGGCAAUUCCGACUCUUCCCGCCCAGCUGAUCCAGGAAUGUCGCCCCUCCACCGUUUGGAGUGCAUUGCUGCACGGAAGAUCAGCCGAGAAAUGUUGCUACAUGUCUUUACCAAAUAUGAACUUCUGGAUUCCAGCGGUAGAUCAAUCGACAGUGUGCGCGAUCUCUGGUGGAAGUAUCUGGGUCGGCAACUGAGGUGUCUGGUGGAUCUCAAGCUCAUGUCUCUGAGGGAAAGUAUUGGUGGAGCAAAGGAUUGUACGAAGGAAAAGUUUGAGAGGGAAAUCGCCCUUUUCUACAAGGGGUUUCCCCGAGAAUUCCGCGAGCAGAUGGCCAUGGCCAACGAGGCGGACAGUUUUUCAUGGCCAAAAACAAUCAGCUAUCAAGUCAGGGCUCUCAGCCAUCCGAAGACUGAUGCUGUGAAGAAUUCACCGUUCAAGCUCGAACCGGGUGAUUGGCAAUCAGAGGCAGAUGGAAUGGAAGUCACUGGUGACAUGGACGAAGACUUUGAGCCAGCUAGUGAUGACCUACUUCCCGUGAAAAGAUCAGGUUUUGAAGAGUUUCCCACGGUGCACAUCAACCGUCCUCAUUAUAAUGGUGAAUGA